CUGGUCUCUUGUUUAAAGAAGCGUUCGGCGGACACACGCUCUCCUCUUUGUCCGGUCUUUAUUUACCGGUGUACACGACUGGCAUUUUGGAUUUGAAGUGGUCUUCAGGCAGGCAUGUCGGGCUCAACUUCCCCGCCUCCCUCCGCGGAGGCUGUGGGAACCGAGGGAUGUUUUCCACCCGGAUACCAGCCUUUCAAACCCGAGGAGCACGGCCUGGAGCGCGGGUUCCGUCUCACAGCCUUUUCGGACCUGAAGGGAUGAGGCUGCAAGGUCCCGCAGGAGGCUCUGCUCAAACUCCUGGCGGGACUGGAGGCGGACCGGGCUGACGGGACGGGGAAGGCCGGAGACCAAGCGUCAGAGUUCGGCCAACAGUUGCCCGGCCCCCGACUCGGUGUAGGAAUGGACUGCUGUGUGAUUCCCCUCAGGCAUGGAGGGCUCUCAUUGGUCCAGACCACAGACUUCUUCUACCCUCUGGUGGAGGAUCCAUACAUGAUGGGCAGGAUAGCAUGUGCUAACGUCCUCAGUGAUCUGUAUGCCAUGGGCAUCACAGAGUGUGACAACAUGCUGAUGUUGCUGAGUGUCAGCCAGAAGAUGAAUGAGAAGGACCGUGAGCGGGUGAUGCCGCUGAUGAUUCGGGGGUUUCGCGAUGCAGCAGAGGAGGGAGGAACUUCUGUGACAGGAGGCCAGACUGUAAUCAACCCCUGGAUUAUUGUAGGAGGAGUAGCGUCAGUCGUUUGCCAGCCUAACGAGUUCAUCAUGCCGGACGGUGCUGUACCGGGCGACGUCUUGGUUCUGACUAAACCUCUGGGGACACAGGUGGCUGUGAAUGCUCACCAGUGGCUCGAACAGCCUGAAAGGUGGAACAAGAUCAAGCUAGUCGUCACCAAAGAGGAAGUUAAAGAGGCAUAUCAGGAAGCCAUGUUCUCCAUGGCAACACUAAACCGCACAGCGGCAGGCCUAAUGCACAAGUUCCAGGCCCACGCUGCGACAGACGUGACAGGUUUCGGGUUGUUAGGUCACGCCAGCAACCUGGCAGCACAGCAGCGAAACGAGGUGGCUUUCGUCAUCCACAACCUACCAAUCAUAGCUAAGAUGGCUGCCAUCAGUAAAGCCUGUGGAAAUCUGUUCAACCUGGUUCAGGGCACUUCAGCAGAGACUUCUGGUGGACUGCUGGUGUGUCUGCCCAGAGAGCAAGCGGCCAAGUUUUGCUCAGAGAUGAAGUGCCAGAGCUCUGGAGUUGGAGGUCAGGCGGCGGUGGGCGGAGCGUGGAUAAUUGGAAUUGUGGAGAAAGGCGACCGCCGCGCUCGCAUCAUUGACAAGCCCCGCAUUAUCGAGGUUCCACCACGAGGAAGCCAGGCAGCAAAUCAGGACAACAGCUCCACCAGCCCCGUUCCCAAUUUGUCAUAGACACUGCCGCCCUUCUGACACCGGUCUGGUGUGUGUGUGUGUGUGUGAAUGUUUGUGUGGUUUGAUGUCGCUGUCUGUCAUCAUCCUCUGCAGUCUAAAUGGCAUCUUUUCCAGCAGGUGAGGGAUUGGAAAGCAUCUAUUAUUUAUCCAUCUUUGGAAAGAAGGUGCUGAAACGAGACCCACCUGUCACGGUUUUGGAAUUGAAUUUAAAUUCAGGACAGCAUGCCCUGUGCUCUUAAUCUAUACAGACAAGUGACCACAUGUAAUUUAUCUCAAUUAGUUUCAAUUCUAAGAGAAAACAUUCCUACUCAUUCUUGCCAGCGACAAAAAGAAAGUGUAAAUGUGCGUGUUUGGGUGUUUUAUCGUUGGAUUGGGUGCUUCCAUGUGGGGAAGUGGAACAGAGGUUUUUGGUGACCUUUUGUUUUGGAAGUGGGUGAUGUUCAUGUCUCAUGUUGGUGAAUGUAUUGUGUGAAAAAGAAAUGGUUCAUCAGUCCUGGCACCUGGCUCUGCCCACACUGCCCAUAGGAAGGCUUGAGCAGCUUCCUUUGGACAGGCUGGGUGGAGCUCAGAUGUCCUUCUGUGUCAGCUGAUUGGCUGUCCAGCACCGAGUCCCUCCUUCCUUUUUAUGAAGCUCUGCCUUUUAAAGCCCAGCCAACGGGGUCAGGUGGAGUGGAUGUUUGCCUUUGGAUUGGGGUAGGAAUUGGACUGCUGGAGGUCUAAAGCUGUCUUUGUUUGUAGAUUUCCUGCUUUUCACAAUCAAUAAAACCAUCAUCAACUCA